AAGGAUUAUUAGUUUGUUAGCCUAGACCUAGCCAUCAAUCACCGGUACAAAGUCUGCCCAAACCUUCCCACUUCCUAACGGAAAACACUUUCUCAUCUUCUCUUCUCCUCUUCUCUUCUCCCCAACAAUUCCUUAUAUUUUUCUCUCCUGCUCUCCAUAACCCACCAAACACAAUAAUUCAUUUCUUCAAUUCUCUAACUAUCAACAACAAAUCCUAAUCUCAACUUAUAUCUAUCCCAUAUAUAUAUAUACCACCACCCACACCCAACUUCCAAUCUUUAAUUUUUUUUUUUCUCUCUCUAUCUGUACAUAUAUGUCUCCAGCUAGCUCAGAUCAGAUAGACUUAUAAGUUGUUGUUGAAAUCCGGCAAGAUUUGGAGCUGGGAAGUUGAUAGGAAUCAGGGUUUUUAUUAUCAUCAGUUACUGUUGGGCCUUUAUUUUUGUUUGGUUUUUGAUCAGUUUUGUUAGUUGGUGUUGUUGGUAAAGAGGAUAUAUAGAAGAUCAGGUGAUGAUGUGUAGCAGAGGCCACUGGAGGCCUCAUGAGGACGAGAAGCUCAGAGAAUUGGUGAAGAAAUAUGGGCCUCAUAAUUGGAAUGCCAUAGCUGAAAAGCUUCAAGGAAGAUCAGGGAAGAGUUGCAGACUAAGAUGGUUCAACCAACUGGAUCCAAGAAUCAACCGGAGCCCCUUCACGGAGGAGGAGGAAGAGCGGCUCCUGGCGUCUCACCGGAUUCACGGCAACCGGUGGGCUAUAAUCGCCAGGCUUUUCCCCGGCCGCACCGAUAACGCCGUCAAGAACCACUGGCACGUUAUCAUGGCUCGGAAGUGCAGGGAGCGGUCCAAGAUCUACGCCAAGAAGGCCGUCCUCAAGUCCUUAAACGACCAUGCGGCAUCUUCGUCACGGCAGCCCCAUCCCGGCGGCGAGUUUACCAGAGCCGCCUUCAAUGGAAACCUUCCAUUUUUUGAUAAACUGCACUACCCUAGUUUGCCAUAUGCUCACUCUCUCUAUCCAUUGGAGUUUCAAGGAGACAACUUCGUUCAACCUGUGACGAUGGAUCUAGAUAAUAGGAAGAAGUCAGUGGAGUUUUACGAUUUUCUCCAAGUAAAUACUGACUCUAACAAAAGCGAAGUGAUAGAUCAACAUGCAAGAAGAGACGACGAGGAGGUGGAACAACAAGCCGCCGCCGGUAACCGGAGCAAGCCCGCCGGCGGUGGCGAUGUGCAAUUCAUAGAUUUCUUCUCCACAGGCGCCGGACGGCGGUCUGCCUAAAUUUCCGGCGGCGAGCUUGAUCGGAGACAUGCACACACACUUCGUGAAUCACGUCGAAUUCAUCGAGGUUUAGUGAAUUACAACAUAUACUUAGUACACUUAGUGCCUCUAAUUACUAGGAGGGCUCUAUGCAUAAUUGAGCAUGCAUAUAUGAGGUGUUACAUAUAUGUUGUAUUAUAUAUGAAUAUAAUUAUGUAUUCAACAACUUAGAAUAGCGAAUAGAACAAAAAAAGGGGAAAAAAAAUAUUUCUAGAACACAAAAUUUCUUCAUUUUCGUG